AUCCGUCUUCGCCUUUUUAUUGUUUGCCGAUUCGCAGAGAUAUCAAAAUUCAAGGCAGAGAUAGAGAUCAAAGAACACCUAUAGAGACAUGGAGUGUGUAUUUGGGAUGGUUGGGAAAGGGUUUGCAUUGGUGGUAGCAGAUACAUCGGCGGUUAACAGUAUUCUGGUUCAUAAAUCUAACGAAGACAAGAUUAUGGUUCUCGAUUCUCACAAGCUCAUGGGCGCUAGCGGUGAAGCUGGUGAUCGAGCUCAAUUCACGGAGUAUGUACAAAAAAAUGUGGCUCUCUAUCACUUCCGUAAUGGGAUUCCUUUGACCACCAAAGCUGCAGCAAAUUUCAUGCGGGGUGAGCUUGCCACUGCUUUGAGAAAGAAUCCUUACAUGGUAAACAUCGUGCUAGCUGGUUACGAGAAAGAGACGGGUCCUUCACUAUAUUUCAUAGACUACAUUGCAACUCUGCACAAGGUGGAGAAAGCAGCAUUUGGGUAUGGGUCAUACUUCUCCCUGGCGAUGAUGGAUCGCCAUUACCAUCCAGAUAUGACGGUGGAAGAAGCCAUCGAGUUGGCUGAAAAGUGCAUCGAGGAAAUACGAUCCAGGCUUGUCGUGGCUCCUCAGAAUUUUGUGAUUAAGAUCGUGGACAAAGAUGGUGCUCGUGAACACUCGUGGCGCCGCACCACCAAGGAUUAGAACUGGAGUUUGGACAACUUGUAGUUGUAAUAGGGGGUAGUGAUGGACGUAGAUCUUUGGACUUUAUGGUUCAUCAAAACAAAGACAGAUGUUCCUCUUGUCUCUAACACGGUUUUAAACAUCUUAUGAAAUUAAUGCUUUUUUGGGAA